AAGUUAGGAAAUUUACAUCUUUUUGGUAUAUAUAAUUUUUGUUGCUUGUAUAAUGGAGAAGUCUGGAUUUGAGCUUGAGAAUGAGUCAUCUGAGUCUACUGACUCUGACACUGUGACUCUUUUCAGUGUUGAAUGCAACAUUAAUAAUUUGGGAAGCUAUAAACUCAAUGUACAUUUUGAGGAAUUGUAUAAAUAUUUUGCGGCCCUUGCGAAAGAUGAAAAAGUAUCUCAAAAUUAUGAUGCCAGUAUUAUUUCUAAAUUAUUAGCGAAACAGAUAAGUAUUUUUGGCGAUAUUGCCAAUGCAAUGUUUAAGGACGCGAAACUCCUAAAUGAAAUGAAAAAUUUUACACAUCAGACUGUUGUUUCCAAGAAUGCUGAGGUACCAGUAGAGGUCAAUCGUGCACAAAGUUCAGAGGUUCCAAAUGUAUUAAAUCCUACCGCAGUUGAAGUGGAGUUUGAUACUCCGAAGAUGCAAUCCGUUUCAAACAUUGCACUGGAGAAGGCAGUGCGUUUUUUUCCCAAGGAUGACAAGACUUUGAAAUUUCAGGAUCUUUUAGACCUUAAGAUUGCUGAGCAGAAAAUGAAAAAUAACAAAGGAAACAAUAUUUUAAACUAUAACAUAAUGUAUGAAUACUUCAAAGGACCAGAGCACAUUACAUUCUCAAACAAACCGUUUGAAGAAUUCAAAGAUGUCGCCAAAAAAUAUUGUGGACUAACCCCAAAAAUUUGUGGUUUGGAACCUCAAGCUGAAGAAACUCACUGGAAAAAAUUGCUAACAGAGGAAAGUGAAGUACUUGAGGAUCUUCAAACUAAAGCUUGCAGUUCUUUUCAAUAUGCAGAAAGGACCUUGUCUCAAGUCUCGAGGAAUCUCGAACACACAAGUAAUAGAUUAAAAACUUACCUGUGGGCAGUCGAAGAACGUAGGACUAGGCGCGAAGCAUGGUACAAUAAAUUCUUGGCUGAGCAUUUUCCAAAUGGCAUACCGAAGCCUAAGCCGAAAGAAUAAACUAAAUUUAAAGUACUACAAUUGAAGAAUGAAAGUCCUGUAUGUAGUUUAAUUGAAGAAAGAAGGUCCAGUAUGUAGUUUAAUAUUUGAAAACAAAGUCUUGGCGACUAAAUUUUCUUCCCAUUUAUUAAUCUUAUACAAAAACAAUUAUUUACUUGCAUAUCUAAUCGCAUACUAACUUUUGCAGAAAAUAAAUAUAUUUUUAUAAUAGUGCCGCACAUUGAA